AUGUCUGAAACUACUGGAGCCCCACCUGUUAAAUUCACAAUCACCCACCACCGUCAACCGCAACAUACCCAUGAGGCAUUCAUCGAUUGGAUAGUAAAGGAGCAUUUACCUCUCGCAAUUCCAGUCUUUGAGAAAUAUGGGGUCAUCGAUUAUUCUCUUUUCGUUACACCACCGCCUCUAAAUGAUGGCUUGAAACAAGAAAUCGGAGCUCUUAGACCAACCUGGGACUUUGCUGAAUGCGACUGUUUCAUUGAAUAUACACUCCCUAAUGCCGAAACCAUCAAGAAUAUCAUGUCCGAUCCAGAAUGGCAGAUUGCGGUUAAAGACCAGGAUCAAUGGGUUGAUGUCCCGAGAGCCUUGGUUUCUCUGGGUUACUCUACUACAUACUUCCAGCACGGAAAGCCUGUGACUCUAUCAUAA